UGGCAACAAAUUCACACGAUCCAAUUUAGGAAUUCCAAUUUGUCUCUCCUGCUCUAAUUUCUCUCCGUGUUCAAGCACAACGAUUCGCAAUGCUUUCUGCUCUGCGGAAAUCAGUGGCAGGGUCGUCGCAGGCAAUAUGCCACAGGCGAAUGGCGACAGUUGCGCCGACCUUGGUCCAAUCAAAGCCGACCACCUCUUCACAAGACAAAUCCACGAUUCGGAAAGCUGCUGAUCCAAUUAAACCGGUUCUUGCUGGCAAGUCGAAAGGUGCCAAGAAAGCUGUCGCGCUAGACCCAACGGUAUUCGACCAUCCUGUGCGGCGGGAUAUCCUGCACCUUUGUGUUGUGCACCACUUGGAUUCUCUUCGCCAAGGAACUGCCUCUACCAAGACGCGCGCUGAGGUUGCAGGUUCGCGUCGCAAAAUUCGCCCACAGAAGGGAAGCGGCAGAGCUCGUCUGGGAGACCGCCAGAGUCCGAUGUUGAGGGGUGGAGGUGUCGCUUUCGGUCCCAAGCCGCGAGAUUUCAGUACGAAGCUUAAUCGCAAAGUUAUCCAGAUGGGCAUGCGUGUGGCUUUGACGAUGAAGCUCCGGGAACAACGACUGGGUGUCUUGCACCGGAUUAACUGGUGGUCACACAAGACUGCUACCCUCAGCUCAAGGUUAGAGGGACUCGGCUGGAGAACCGGUACCUUGUUCGUCACCGGAGAGUCGGAAGUACCAGCAAGAAUGAGGUUGGCGUCGAGGAACCUUCGUGGAAUAGAGUGCAGAACUGUAUCAGACUUGGUGGUCUACGACAUCGUGAAGUGGAGAAGGGUUGUACUUGACCUCGCCGCUGUCAACGCACUGGAGCGAGCUCUCGGAAAGGGCUUGGUGGAAAUCACAGAUUCGGAAAGAGUGGUUUCUGAUGUUACUCACUCAUCUGUGGAGGAGGUUGAGGUAUCCGCUUAGACUCACUUUUACUUCAUGCAAUAUACUUGUCCUGGACGUGAAUCGAUAUUGUCAGAGUCCUGGUAUACGUACAGGCCGCCACACCACGCGACCACGUGACGCAACGCGUCCUCAUUGCAUGCACCUUUGACUUCAAGUUCCCACUACUUAGC